AUGGUCACUGCAGUGGCUGCCUAUACCAUCUUCGGCAGCGAUGUUCUCCCCGCGCAAGCAGAUCCCACUGGCGACCCUGAAAACUGGACAAUGGAUGAAAUGAGAAGAUGGCUUCAAGCGAGAGGGCUUUUGCCGAAUGAGGCUGCGACGCGUGAGGAGCUGCUUGAAAGAGUCAAAGCAAACCUCCGCAUACCGCGCAAGACAUCGGCUGGGCCAUAA